AGAGAGUGUAAGAAAGCGUAGAAGAAGAAGAGGAAGCCCGUGUAGCGGCAAUGAAAGGACAGCGUGCUACUUUUUCAGCGAAACAUAAGUAAAGUGUACAUUAGCGCCAAUAACUAUCAAAGCAGGGGACGAGCAUAGUUUGAAUUUCAGGAGAGACUGUAAGGACUGCGUCUGGAAGAUGUCUUUGGUUUGUGCGAUCUCCAACGAGGUGCCGGAGCACCCGUGCGUCUCCCCGGUGUCCAACCAGGUGUUUGAGCGCAGGCUAAUCGAGAAGUACAUUGCGGAGAAUGGGACCGACCCGAUGAACGGACAACCUCUGUCUGAGGAGCAGCUCGUCGAUAUCAAAGUGUCCCAUCCUAUCAGACCAAAGGCCCCAUCAGCUACAAGCAUUCCUGCCAUUCUCAAGUCUCUUCAAGAUGAGUGGGAUGCUGUUAUGCUUCACAGCUUCACCCUGCGGCAGCAGCUGCAGACUACUCGCCAAGAACUGUCCCAUGCCCUCUACCAACAUGAUGCCGCCUGCAGAGUCAUCGCUCGACUCACCAAAGAGGUCACUGCUGCAAGAGAAGCUCUUGCCACACUCAAACCCCAGGCUGGAUUGGUUGCCCCUCAGGCAGUCCCAGCCUCUCAGCCAGCUGCAGCAGGUGCUGGUGGAGAGCCCAUGGAGAUUAGUGAACAGGUGGGAAUGACCCCAGAGAUCAUCCAGAAGCUCCAAGACAAAGCAACUAUCCUCACCACAGAAAGAAAGAAGAGAGGAAAAACUGUCCCAGAGGAGCUGGUUAGAGCUGAGGAUCUUAGCAAAUACCGCCAAGUGGCCUCACAUGCUGGUCUUCAUAGUGCCAGUGUCCCUGGUAUUCUGGCUCUGGAUCUGUGUCCCUCAGACACCAACAAAGUUCUCACCGGUGGAGCUGAUAAAAAUGUGGUUGUGUUUGACAAGAAUGAGGAACAGAUUGUGGCAACACUUAAGGGUCACACCAAGAAGGUCACCUCUGUCAUUUACCAUCCAUCCCAGUCCGUGGUCUUCUCUGCAUCUCCAGACAACACCAUCCGUGUGUGGUCUGUCACCGGAGGCAACUGUGUCCAGGUGGUGCGUGCCCACGAGGCAGGUGUCACUGGACUCUCCCUGCACGCUACAGGGGACUACCUGCUCAGUUCCUCUGAGGAUCAGUACUGGGCCUUUUCUGAUAUCCAGACCGGUCGGGUCCUCACCAAAGUUACUGAUGAAAGUGCUGGCUGUGCUCUCACCUGUGCUCAGUUCCAUCCUGAUGGUCUCAUUUUUGGCACUGGGACGGCUGAUUCCCAAAUCAAGAUCUGGGAUCUGAAGGAGCGCACCAAUGUGGCCAACUUCCCCGGCCACUCUGGCCCUGUCACCUCCAUUGCUUUCUCUGAGAACGGAUACUAUCUGGCCACAGGUGCCCAGGAUAGCUCUCUGAAACUGUGGGAUCUGAGGAAACUGAAGAACUUCAAGACCAUCACCCUGGACAACAACUACGAGGUGAAGUCCCUUGUGUUUGACCAGAGUGGUACCUACCUGGCUGUUGGAGGGUCUGACAUCCGUGUCUACAUCUGUAAACAGUGGUCUGAGGUCCUCAACUUCACAGAUCAUUCAGGAUUGGUGACUGGAGUGGCCUUUGGAGAGAACGCUCAGUUCCUGACCUCGGCAGGAAUGGACAGAAGUCUCAAAUUUUACAGUUUGUAGAAAAGGAAACAUUUAGGAUGAAGGGAGGACAACUUAGAGGAGGACCGACAAGUCUCUGUGUCUGAGCUGUCAAUAUCCUGGACACAGACCUGUAAUUUCUAGAAAAAAAGAAAAAAAUAAUCACUGCUAACUUUGUUUCAUUAGUAUGUUAGUCCUCGUGUCCGGGUAACAAGACCCCAUGAAAUUGUCUGCUACAGGAAACCACAGCAGCACGGUUAGGAUAACGUGUUUGUCGGCAUUGUCGGAAAUGUAAAUGAUGUGGAAUGAGAUACAGAAGCCAGUGAAAUGCUCCCGUCUGGUUUGCCAGCAAUUAUGAUUUUAUUGUAGUAAUUUCUUUGUGUGUGUGUGUGUGUGUGUGUGUGUGUGUGUGUGUGUGUGUGUGUGUGUGUGUGGAGGGGUCUAAAGUUUCUUGUAAUACAACUCCCAAAGUGUCAUAGUACACUGUUGGGGGCUAUAAUUGGUGUGACAGCAAUCUGCUUUGCUUCUUUCAUGUAGCGCUCCUUCAUCACAGUAUCUUUAGGCUAAGAUGAGAAUACAUCUGUAGUGAUGUACAGUACAGCCAAGCAGAAAAUGAACAGGUGUAUGAGAUUCAUGUUCCUCUGUGAAAAAUUUAGUCUUGUUUAACCUCCCUUCAGUUUCAUUUCCUAUUUCAUUCUUUCCAUUUAAACCUUUUGUCUUUUUCCAAUUGUACAUUUCUCAUUAUUGCUUUUACCUGUUGCAACUCUGCCCUUUUACAAUAAAAUAAAAUAUCUUUUGUAUUGCCA